AUGGCCCUGUUUGGAAGCUUGGUUUUUUACCAAUUGGAAUGGAAUAAAUUUGUCCCAAUUGGUUAUAAGUUCGUCCCAAGUGAUUAUGAGCUUCUCAAGUAUUACCUGCUCCCAAAGGUUCGUGGUGGAUUCACCUUGCCGGCCGCCGGUUUGGGUAUUAUUCGAGAAGCUGAUGUCUACCAAUCUCAUCCUGCUAAUCUUCCUGGCUUGGACAAAGGAGAGGCGUCGUGUUAUUUUUUCACCACAAGAGAUCUGAGGUAUGAGAACAGUGAGAGGACUGCCCGGACCACAAAGGAUGGAAGGGGCCAUUGGAGGAUGACUAGCAAGCGUACUCCAUUGUUUGAAGCUGAUCGCUCAAACUUGGGUCGAAAGAAUACCCUAGUUUACCACCUCACUAAGCCCCCAGGACCAGGUGUUCCCUCAAAUAAGGAUCUCAAGACUAACUGGAUAAUGCAUGAAUUCGUUCUCGACAGAAGUCUAUAUGAUUGCUGUCAGAUUCCAUCAGCAUCAACCAACAAGCUCAAGCAAGUUGUGUUGUGUAGAAUUUAUGAAAGAAACAAGGCUGAAGCAGAACAAGAGAAGAGCCGAACUGAUCAGGAUAGCACAAGUUUACGAAUCAGAGACGCAGGUGACAGUUCUGCUGGAAUUGAGAGAAGAGAAACUUGCACCAAAAGGAAGCAACGUCCAACGUCCACCCCAGAAAAAGGCACAUCAAGCUGCAACCACCAUAAAUCUGUUGCACUAUUUGAUCAAGAGGGACUGCCUUCUAGUCCGCCAAAACGAUCCAGACUUGUUAUGGUAGAGCAGGAUGAAUCCCGGAUGCGCUGCAAAGAGGAGAAUGGUCUUGAAGGAAAUAGCCGCAAUGACGAGGAGGAGGAUGUCCAGUCGCGGAUUGGUUGCAUAGAGGAUAAUGAAAGCGGACAUCUGAUGGCAAGCGUCAACCAGGAGGAGGAGGAGGAGGAGGAAUCCCGGAUAACCACGAUGAACGGUGGUCAUAUUGAGGAGGGGAAUGAAAGUAGUCAAGAGCUGCAUCCAGCAAACGCGGGCACCGAGGAGAAUUCGACAGCCUCUGGAGAUUGUUUCAACAGCAUUAACAAGCUGGCCAAAUAUACAAAGGCAUAG